AUGGAAGAAGCAGAGAACGGCGUGAGGAGCCGAUCUCCGACGCGCGCGUCCGGCAACGGCGUGAGGAAGCUACCUCCUUCUCCGACGAGGGAGAACGGCGUGAGGAACCGCUCCCCGACGCGCGCCCCCGCCAACGGCGUGAGGAAGCUAUCCCCUUCUCCGACGAGGUCGUCCGCCCCGGAGCAGAGGAAGCCCUCUGCCUCGCCUCCGCCGCCGCGCGUCCCCAGGUGGCUGAUCCUCGACCGCAUCGUCCACCGCAGCAGCAGGAGGCGUUGCGGUGUCGUCGAAGACGACGCCACCGCCUCGGCGCUCGCCCACGACUGCGUCGGCCGCCCCGUCCGCGCCUCCCUCAGGAUCGCCGACCCGCCCGCGGUCUCCCGUCUCUACAUCCACUGGACGGGCAGGCCGCCGAUCGAAGGCUUCUCGGAGCCCACCGCCAUCGCCGCCCACCGCAACUCCAUUCUCUUCCAUAUGGCCACCCCCUUCGAGGAUCCUCUGAUGUGGAGCAGAGGUCCCUUCUUCCCCGACGACUACUUCGUCUACUCCUGCUCAUCCUCGUCUCCGCCGACCCUGACUCUGCUUCCCCCUUGCUUCCACGGCGGCGACACCAAUCCCAAGCUUGAUAAUUUCUUCCAGCCAUACCGGAACCAGCAGCAGCGCAUCAUGUUGGACCAAGAUGUGGGCAUCCUGUGCCAUGGCGACGAAGGCGAGUUCACGGUGGCACAACUCGCAUUUUCUGAGAAUGAUGAGUUUGAGCUCUGCGUGCUGCACCAUGCACCUCCUGCCUCUGGCAUCUCAAAGGAAUGGAGUGUGAAGAAGGUGCAGAACCCUCCUGACAUGAAGAUAAACAUCUACUCGUGGAUGACUGACGUCGUCGUGCCCAUUGGCAGAUGCUUGUGCUGGGUCGAUUACUACCAGGGCAUGCUUCUUGUUGAUGUCCUCACUGACAGCAGCAGCGACCCAGAUCAUCAGCAAUCGCUCCGUUACAUCCCUCUGCCUAAAAAGGCUUUGAAGUCUCGCCGUCCGUACAGGGACGCCGGCUCACCUGACCCAUUGCGGUGUGUCUGUGUCACUGACAAUGACAUCAUUAAGCUCGUCUGCAUUCUUACUGAACGUCCUGCUUCGUCUUGUCCCUUCGCCAUAACAACUUGGACUUUGGAUGACAAACAUGAAGGCAAAUGGACAAUGGAUGUCGACACCACCAUGGGAGCAGAGAAAAUUUUCAGUCUUUUUGGCGCUGGCCACAGUUUCCUACCACGGGUGCAGCCAAGUUUUCCUUUGGUGAGCUUGGGUGAUCCAGAUGUCAUCUGCUUCUUGCUGAAGGACAAGGACCGUGGCCUUUUCUGGAUGAUUGAGGUCAACAUGAGGAACAAGAAGCUACAGUCAAGCGCCCUCUAUAUCAGUGAAGAAGAAGAAGGAUAUCCCCCAAAAAGGGGCCGCCGGAACAAUUUCUUUGGUCACUACUUUACUCCCAGCAAGUUCUCCUCUUACUUGAGUGAGGAUGCCAUCACAAGUUGGGAACUAAGUGAAAAGAUGCAGGAGGCAAAAAAGGAGAGAGUGAUGCAGAAGAUUGGUCUGGAAGCAAAAUUGAAGAAGUGA